AUGAACCCAUUAGAUCUUACAGAAGUAUAUAACUUCUUGGCCAUGAAUUACGUUGAAAAUGAAGCGAGUACAAUUCGGUUGGCAUACUCAAUGGACUUUUUACAAUGGGAUUCUUACACCUCCAAAAGAUUACGCGAUCGGCGAUUAACGCCAGUGCUGAUUAAAGAAAUUACACGCAGAAUCAAUCUUUCUAACGUGUGGCAGGCUGUUUACACGGCUGGAGUGGUCCUGCCCAUACCUUUAGCAGAAUGUCGCUACUUUCAUCGGUCAUUAAACCCUAAGAAACUUAUACAAGUCGGAUUCUCUCCAAUAUUGCCGCAAAAGACACUGGCACAGACGAUCAAGAUGUUUAAUUUACCAACACGUACGUUGACAACCGGAUUUCGACCGAUGGAGAAGACAGACGUCCCACAAGUCACGAAAUUGCUUCAAGAAUAUCUGACAAAAUUUCAUCUCGCGAUCGAGUUUAGUGAAGAAGAUGUGGCACAUUGGAUGGUGCCUCGAGUAGGGGUGGUAAACGCCUAUGUGGUUGAAAACCCGGACACACAACAAGUUACAGAUGUGUGCAGCUUCUACCACCUACCGUCAACUAUCAUCGGUGAUGACAAAUACAAGAAACUUAACGCUGCGUACUCUUUUUACAAUGUGGCCAAGUCGGUAUCACUAACACAAUUGAUGCAAGACGCACUGAUCAUGGCAAAGAAGGAACACUUGGACGUAUUUAAUGCGCUAGAUGUGAUGGAUAACAUUGAGAUGCUGCAAUCUCUCAAGUUUGGACCUGGUAGUGGAGUAUUGCAGUAUUACCUGUAUAAUUGGCGAUGUCCUAGGAUGAGCAGUGAUCGUGUGGGCAUCGUGCUUUGCUAG